AAGACAGUAGCGCGAGAGCGAGCGGAGGCGCGCAGAAGGGAGCGCUCGGUCCUGAAAACAGGCGCGUGAACGGGGAGCGGCUUCAGUGUUAAACUUGUAAAACAGCGGCAUCAGUUCCGCUGAGCAGGUCUUCCUGCGAACAGGUGCUCAGAGGCUGCGGUGCGUCUUUACGCGCAGACAGAGGAGAGCGAGCGAGGCGAGUAUGGGCAGAGCCGCACGCCGAGGCUGUCACGGUGCGUGCUAACUGAAACGCGCGCGUGCUACAAGACUCAGGAGGAUGCUCACGUGCGUUUAUUGAACAAGCAUCAGCGGCUGUGUCGGGUUGCUGGUGCGAUCAGACUGUGUUUGACUGCCCAAAGCUCCACAAUGCACGCGCUAGUCUGGCUACAGCAGGUUCUCCACGCGCGCUCCGCAAGGCGCGUGCAGGGCUGAGGACGGAGCGCGGGCGGGAUGGAGCAGGACUUGCUGAUGUCAGCCUCGCACCGCUGAAGAAGGAGACAGGAUGGAGCGCGCGGGGCAGAUCCCGCUGAGGAGCGCUCUGCUCUUCAUCAUCCUCUGGAAGUGCGCUUCCUGUUAUGAGAAGACUCAUUCACAUGCAGAGGACGAACUCUUCAAAAAGCUUUUUGUUGGCUACAACAAGUGGUCCCGGCCUGUGCCAAAUACCUCGGACGUUGUCAUCGUUAAAUUCGGCUUGUCCAUCGCCCAGCUCAUCGAUGUGGACGAGAAGAACCAGAUGAUGACAACCAAUGUCUGGCUGAAACAGGAGUGGAAUGACUACAAACUACGAUGGAAACCUUCUGAUUAUGACAAUGUGACAUCCAUCAGGGUGCCAUCAGAGCUCAUUUGGGUUCCAGACAUUGUGCUGUACAACAAUGCUGACGGGGAGUUUGCUGUCACCCACAUGACCAAAGCCCAUCUCUUCUACACUGGCAAAGUGCGCUGGGUCCCCCCAGCCAUCUACAAGAGCUCCUGCAGCAUUGAUGUCACAUUCUUCCCCUUCGACCAGCAAAAUUGCAAGAUGAAGUUUGGCUCAUGGACAUACGACAAGGCCAAGAUUGACCUGGAGCGCCUGGAAACUACAGUGGAUCUGAAGGACUACUGGGAGAGUGGCGAGUGGGCCAUCAUUAAUGCUGUAGGCACCUACAACACCAAGAAGUAUGACUGCUGCCAUGAGAUCUACCCAGACAUUACCUACUUCUUCAUCAUCCGCCGCCUUCCUCUCUUCUACACCAUCAACCUCAUCAUUCCUUGCUUGCUGAUCUCCUGCCUGACCGUGCUGGUCUUCUACCUGCCCUCAGACUGUGGAGAAAAGAUCACUCUUUGCAUCUCUGUGCUUCUCUCACUGACUGUCUUCCUCCUGCUCAUCACAGAGAUCAUCCCAUCCACCUCAUUGGUCAUCCCGCUCAUUGGCGAGUACUUGCUCUUCACUAUGAUCUUUGUCACACUCUCCAUCAUCAUCACCGUCUUUGUGCUGAACGUCCACCACCGCUCACCUGGCACCCAUGAGAUGCCACGCUGGGUACAUGCCGUUUUCCUGGAGCUCAUCCCCCGCUGGCUCUUCAUGCGCAGGCCGGCACCUGACAGCCGCCGCAGGCAGAGGCUGCUGCUCCUGCAGCAAGGUCAGAGGUCACGAGCUCCUGGAGCAUCCUGCCUGAGCACUUCAGCCAGCUGGUUCAGGGAGGAGUCGAGGACCUGCUGCUAUGAAGAUCUGGAACUGGGGACUCUUUCCUCUGCUUUUUCACUCACCUUUCGUCCUCCUUCACCCAGGCCACCAGGCUCCACGCCACCACCAUCGCACGGAGCUCUGCCCAGACAGGAGGGGGGCAUGACCUGUCUGCCAAACUCCAGGCAUCCAGGAGCUAGAGUUAACCACACCAAGCGGCCCACUGAAAACCACCAGAGGUCCCCUCUGUCUCCCAGCAUCAUGCAGGCACUGGAGGGGGUUCACUACAUAGCAGACCAUUUAAGAGCAGAAGAUGCCGACUUCAGUGUUAAAGAGGACUGGAAGUAUGUUGCCAUGGUGAUUGAUCGGAUCUUCCUGUGGAUGUUCAUCAUUGUGUGUCUACUGGGCACCAUCGGCCUGUUCCUCCCCCCCUGGCUAGCUGGCAUGAUCUAGAGCCUGGCCACUUGCACACUUAUAGACAUGUACAUGCACUGUGAGAACACAUCAGAAUAAGCAGUGAAAGAACGCUACACGUGGAGGAAUCAUAGGGAAAAUCAGUGCUCCUUCAACAGAAGAAAAAGACCAAUGAAGAGUAAGAAAUUCAGUGAACAGUGGUUGCUGCACAUGAGCCAAGAGCAAACUUAUCACUGAAUGUACAACCUUGCAGUGAAUACUGUUGAAUAAAAUGUGGCACCUUA